UCAUGUCGGCAAGCGGAGGCAAGAUCUACCUAGUGACAGGCGGUUGUGGGUUUCUGGGGAAACAUCUGGUCCAGAUGCUUCUGGAGAAAGAGCCCGACCUUGCCGAAGUGCGUGUCUUCGACUUGAAUCUGGAUGAAAGCAUACAGCAGCUGGACAAAGAUAAGGUGACCCUGAUCAAGGGGAACAUCGGCAACCUGCCGGAAGUGGAGGCCGCGGUGAAAGGAGCCCACGUGGUCAUCCACGCGGCCAGCCUGGUGGACGUCUGGGGCCGGUUCCCGCCGUCGAAAAUCGUAGAGGUCAACACGCACGGGACCCAGAACGUGAUUGAAGCAUGUGUGACUCAAGGCACCCAGUAUCUGGUAUACACCAGCACCAUGGAGGUUGUGGGGCCGAAUGCCAAGGGAGACCCAUUCUACAGGAAAGACGAAGACGCCGAAUAUGAAGUCAUUAACAAGGAGCCCUACCCAGCUAGCAAAGCCAAGGCCGAGAAACUCGUCAUUGAAGCCAAUGGGCGGCCAAUCCAGGGCGGGAAGAAGCUGGUCACCUGUGCCCUUCGGCCGACAGGCAUCUACGGGGAGGGACAUCCUCUGAUGAAGGAGUUCUACGAGAAAGGGCUGGCCAUGAGGCGCUGCGUGAUCCGGACCAUCCCGGCCUCUACCGAGCAUGGCAGAGUCUACGUGGGCAACGUGGCUUGGAUGCAUGUGUUGGCCGCCCAAAAGAUGCAGGAGAUCCCCUUGGCCAUUGGGGGCCAGGUAUAUUUCUGCUACGACCACUCCCCAUACAAAAGCUACGAGGAGUUCAACAUGGAGUUUCUGGGGCCCUGCAGCUUCCGCCUCCUGGGCUCCCGGCCCCUCCUGCCCUUCUGGCUCCUCUUCUGCAUGGCAUGGUUCAACGCCCUCUUGCAGUGGGUGCUGAAGCCCUUCUUCGCCUAUGCCCCGAUCCUCAACCCCUACACCCUGAGGGUGGUGAGCACCACUUUCACUGUGAAGACCGACAAGGCCCAGCGGCAGUUUGGCUAUCAGCCGCUCUACACCUGGGAAGAGAGCCGGGACCGGACCGUCAAUUGGUUGAAGGAGAUGGACACCCAGAGGCAUGCUGGGAAAUAG